AUGGUCCGUCUGCGGGAGAUCCCAAGGACGGCCACCUUUGCUUGGUCCCCUGGAGCUGCAUCACCAUUGAUCGCAACUGGAACCCGGGCGGGUGCCGUCGACGUUGAUUUCUCGAACAAGACAUGUCUUGAGCUUUGGGACUUGGGCCUGGACCGUCAAGAUGCUAGUGAGGAGUUACAGCCGAUUGCUAAGAUCGACACCGACUCUGGGUUCAAUGAUCUUGCCUGGACGCAAUCUGAAGAUACCAAACGUGGUAUCAUUGCUGGUGGAUUAGAAAAUGGUGCCUUGGAUUUAUGGAACGCCGACAACCUGCUUGCUGGGUCGAGCGACUCCUUGAUCUCAAGAACUACGAAGCACUCUGGUGCCAUCAAGGCCCUUCAGUUCAACCCAAAGCAUUCAAAUCUCCUCGCAACCGGUGGCGCGAAAGGCGAGCUCUUUAUCUCCGACCUCAACAACAUGGAGAAUCCAUUCCGCCUGGGCACGGCUGCUGCCCGCACGGAUGACAUUGAAUGUCUAGACUGGAACAAAAAGGUGGCACAUAUCCUGGUCACUGGUAGCAGCGCCGGUUUCGUCACUGUCUGGGAUGUCAAGACAAAGAAGGAAAGCCUGACAUUGAACAAUAUGGGGCGGAAAGCAGUCAGCGCAGUUGCAUGGGAUCCUGCCAAGCCCACCAAGCUUAUCACAGCCACGCCUCUCGAAUCGGAUCCGCUGAUCUACGUGUGGGAUCUGCGAAAUUCCCACGCGCCGGAGCGUACACUGAAAGGCCAUGAGUCUGGAGUUCUGUCCCUUUCAUGGUGUGACCAGGACCCGGAUCUGAUGCUCUCGUCCGGCAAAGACAAUCGUAAUAUUUGCUGGAACCCACAGACAGGUGAGGCCUACGGCGAGUUCCCUGUUGUCACCAACUGGACUUUCCAGACCCGCUGGAACCCUCACAAUCCCAACUUCUUCGCAACGGCCUCCUUCGACGGAAGAAUCUCAGUCCAGACUCUCCAGAACACCAAAGACAAUACUCAAGCUAUCGCCGACCACAACCAGAACCUGGAUGGCGAGGAUUUCUUUGCCAAGGCUCAGAGUCAGCCCCAGGUCUCGAAAUUCUCGCUUCCUAAGCCUCCCAAAUGGCUUGAACGCCCUUGCGGUGCUUCAUUUGGCUUCGGCGGCCGUGUUGUCUCCGUCGGCUUAACUGAGAAAGGUUCAAGGACAUCUAAGGUCAAAAUCACUCCAUUUGAAGUCGACUCUACUGUGGCCAACGCUACGGAGAGCUUCGAGACAGCUCUAAAGGAGGGCGAUCUCAACGGUCUCUGUGAGGCUCGCGCCGCUGAAGCUUCGACUGAAGAGGAAAAGGCAGACUGGAAGGUCAUUCAGACUUUGCUUUCCGAAAGCCCCCGCAAGGGCCUUGUUGAAUACCUGGGUUUCAACGAUUCCGCCCAGGAGGCUACUGAAAGCUUGUCAGAGCUUGGUCUGGACAAAAAGGAUGACGGCGAGACCAAAGAGGUCGCUGAGACGGCAAAGUCUGGCGUUAAGAAGCACAAGAGAUUACAGUCCAUGUUUGAGGCGACGCCCGACAGUGAUGACUUCUUGACAGAACUUGCUGCAUCGAAGGGUGCCCAAACAAACAACCCCUUCCACAUCUUCAAUGGCUCUGAGACUUCCGCGGAGAAGAAGAUCACCCGUUCCUUGCUCCUCGGUGAAUUUGAGAAGGCCCUUGAUGUUGCUCUCGCCGAAGAUCGCAUGUCGGAUGCAUUUAUGAUUGCCAUCUGCGGUGGCCAAAAAUGCAUUGAGAAGGCUCAAGAGCACUACUUCACAAAGCAGGCCGGUGGACCCAACUACAUGCGUCUGUUGGCAUCUAUCGUCGGCAAGAACCUCUGGGAUGUCGUGCACAAUGCUGAUCUGUCGAACUGGAAGGAGGUCAUGGCCGCCUUGUGCACGUUCGCAGACGAGAAGGAAUUCCCGGACCUCUGUGAGGCCCUUGGAGACCGUCUUGAGGAACAAAUUCGUGUCUCUGAUGAUAAGAGUGCACGAAAGGAUGCUUCUUUCUGCUUCCUCGCUGGUUCCAAACUCGAGAAAGUCGUGGCAAUUUGGGUUGAGGAGCUGCGGGAGAAUGAGCAGCGAGGAAUCGAAAGUGGUGAAGACAACUCCAGCUUCUCUAUUCACGUCCGUGCUCUUCAAAACUUGAUUGAAAAAGUCACCAUUUUCCGCCAGGUCACCAAGUUCCAGGAUGAGGAGAAGUCCAAGGAUUCAGACUGGCGUCUCAGUACUCUGUACGAGAAGUAUAUUGAGUAUGCCGAUGUCGUGGCUACCCACGGGCGGCUGCAAGUCGCCCAGAAGUACCUGGACCUUGUUCCCCAGAAACACCCGGAGGCCGAGGUGGCACGCAGCCGUAUCAACCUUGCAAUGCGCCAGGCACCGCAGCAGAAGCAGGCUACCGCCCCGGUGCAGAGCUUCAAGUCUCUCCCGGCGCAAUCCAAUCUGUAUCAGCCUCCUCAGACAUUCGCGCCUGCAGCUCCCGCUCUCGGUGCGCCAAAUGCUUAUGCUCCGCCGGCACCCGCUGUUACUCCGGUGCAGCCACCGGUCAACCCGUAUGCACCUCCAGCUGCUGCUCCCGCGCAGCCCGCAAACCCCUAUGCUGCGAUCGGUGGUGGUGCUACCCCUGCUGCCAGCCGCAGCAGCUACACACCGACGGGAUAUCAGCCAACGCAGCCUAUGCAUGCACCUGCUUACGGUCCUCAGUCGACCUUUGGCGGUUCCGCUUCUGGUGGCGUCCCUCCUCCUCCCCGUGUGGGCACCCAGUCGCCAGCCAAGAACAUCACCACAUACACUACUGCUACUGGCCUUCCUGGGUGGAAUGAUCUGCCAGAGGGCUUUGCCAAAAAGACACCUACCCCGCGGCGUGGUACACCCACUGCUGGAGCAACUGUCACCUCUCCAUUCCCUAUUCAGUCACCCCCUAUUGCUCAAGGUCCACCAGCGCCUGGAACUCCUCCUACCGGUCCGCCACGCACACCAUCAGUUCCACCCCCACCUAAGGCCGGCGCUCCACCUCCUCGUGUGACCUCGCCUCUGGCGUCUGGCAUGCCUGGACCGUCGCCGCCCCCAGUCAAUCCCUAUGCUUCAUUGCCUCAGCCUCCACCCAGAUCGACUAUGUCUCCCCCGGCUACAAUCCCCCGCGGACCCUCCCCGUACAAUGCCCCGCCAAGUAUGCCGCCACCAACAAACCGAUAUGCCCCAAGCCCUGCCGCCCAAACUCCCGGCUUGCAACCACUGAGCCGAGGACCUAUGGCACCUCCGCCACCUAGCGGUCCCUCGCCGUACGCCCCACACGCCGCGGCGCCUUCUUCAGUAGCAAGCCCGUAUGCUCCCAGUGGGCCUACAGGUACACAGCCACCUCCCAUGGCCUCGUCGGGUGUCCCACCUCCACCUCAGGGAUCUCGGCCAGGCACCUCUCAGUCUCAGCGGGCUGUAGCCCCACCACAGGCGGCUCCCAAAUAUCCUCCGGGUGACCGGUCCCACAUCGCUCCGAAUGCGAUGCCUGUAUACGAGAUUCUUUCCGCGGACAUGCAACGCGUCAAAGCACGUGCGCCAUCUUCGUUCAAGGCCCAAGUUGACGAUGCUGAGCGCCGUUUGAACAUCCUAUUUGAUCACUUGAACAAUGAGGAUUUGAUCAAGCCCAACACUGUAGAGGAUCUUGUCAACCUCGCCCGUGCAAUUCAAUCCAAGGACUACGAAACUGCGCGGGUCAUUCAUCUUGACAUCAUGACCAACAGAACAGAAGAGUGUGGCAACUGGAUGGUUGGAGUCAAGCGUCUUAUCAGCAUGAGCAAGGCUACCCCAUGA